AAUAAAGGGGGCAUUACAGAUUCACUGAGAACAGCACAUUUAGCUUCAGAAGAAGAAGGAAGAGGGGUCAAAAAUCUCCUGUUUUCUCUUCAAAAUGCCUCGAAGUAGGUCCGUAUCAAGGUCUAGAUCUCGUUCUAGGAGUCGAAGUACAUCUCCACGUCGUAAACGAAAGGAUAGGACGUACAGAAAGCGAGGUUCAAAGAGUCAUAGUCGUUCUCGCUCGAGGCAAAGAAGUCGGUCGCCAUUAAACAGAAAAGACCGAUCUUCUCCGAGAAGACGAAGGAAUCGUUACUCGAGAAGUCGAAGUCGAAGCCGUUCUCCUAGUGUAGAUAGAUUUGGACGUACUAUACCUAAGAGGAAAGACGAUGAAACGAGAAAGAAGGAAGAUCAAGAGAGACUAUUAGAAAUGGAAAGGCAAAGGAAAAUACGGGCAGCUGAAAGGGAACAAAGAUUAAUUGAGGAAGAAACUCAGAAAAGGGUCGAAGAGAUGGUAGCCAAGAGAGUAGAAGAAGAGUUGGCGAAACGAAAAGAUGAAAUUGACAGCGAAGUUUUAAGGCGCGUGGAAGAAGCUAAAAAAGUCAUGGAAAAACAAAUGCUUGAAGAAUUCGAAAGGAGAAAACAAGAACAAAUGGAAGAAUUAAAAAAAAGAGAGGACUAUUGCGGCAUCAGGAUUAUUCUAUACAGCUUUGGAAUAAAACAAAGACAGUUUAUUUUGUUCAAAAGACUUGAAAGAUUUAUAAAACUGUAUCAAAGAAAAUCUAUCAAAGAGGUUUUGACAUGGUUGACCUCUCAGCCUCAAUGUCAUGUAAAACAAAAAACAUUUCCUUGAGAAACUAUGAGAAGCUUAAAUAGUGGCAUGCAAUGCAAGAUGCAGAUCUAGACACUACGCUGAUGGCAAUACAGAGAAACCAGUCGCAUUAGGGAUUGUUAAACCAAAACGUAUUCAUGUACGUAUGCAUAAAGUAGUAUCAAACUUGGAGAAAUGUUUCACAAGGGUGUGCAGGGCACUUGUGUUAUAUAUUUUAGCUCAUUUUCAUGUUCCUAAAGCCUUGACAACUUUUAGAUCUCUGUCUGAGUUUUCAAUAUCAAUAGGUCAAUCAAUUAUUGAAGAAAUAGAAAAUAGGCCCGCUGCCGCACGGAGUGCCUCUCUACACCUCUUAAGUGUAUAUCCCCAAGUGCUUCAUUAACUGCACACAGCACAGCAAGCAAGUUAUCUUAUUUUUUAUAAAAUACAAAUUACAAUCACCAUUAUUUUAGAUAGGAAUGUUGCAGCUGAAAGCGUGCAUGCAUGCUGUGUGUUCUUAUAAAGCACGCACUCCCAAACAUGAAUCAGUAUGCAAGAUUUGACAGUUGUAGAAUACUACUUAGACUGUUGUAACUUUGAUUUGUUGGAAACUAAAAUAUACAGUGUAAAAGCCACAUUAGAAGUUCUCUUGGUAGUAGGAACAUAAAAAGCACAAUUACUUUAUUCCAACAUGUAGCUAUCCCCUUGUGAUUAUAACCAACUAUUAUCAACUAGGAUAAUAGUAAUGCAAAUAUAUUAAUAUUACAUACAACUCCACAUAUCAAUUUGUUGGGUUCUUCUUCUUCAUGAUGUUCAAACUAUUUCACAGGCUGAAGAACGGCAAGAGCGAGAAAGACUUCAGAAUUUAGUUGCUGAAAAACAAAAAGCUAUUGAGGAAGCAGAGCAGAGGCUGGUAAGUACGAACACGUCUGGGGCCUCCUGCAAAGUGUGCAGGUUGGGUAACUGGUUACA